AUGAAGAUGCAUCGGAGAAGAAAGAAGCCAAUGACAGUCAAUACGCUUGGUAUAUCAGUCGAGGAGCAGAAUUAUGCGAUGUGAGUGAUGGUGUCUCUUCAAAACCAAAUACUUGUACUCUACAUAAACUAAUUUACCCUACAAAACCUAAUGACAAGUUUAAACUGGAAGAAGUCAAGCGAUACCAAAGUGAAGACUACCAUUCAAAUUCAUGGCUAGUCAAAAUUACAUCCAAUGGUCGAUAUAUACUAGCACCUACUAUCUACGGUCAAAUAUUUGUAUUCAAUAUGCUAACAGGCAGUGUAUCAGCCAUUCUAAAAGAACACCAAGACAUGGAAGUACGUGAUGUUGUUUUCCAUCCCUACCGACCAUUGAUAUUCUCUUGUGGUGAUGAUGGAGUAGAAUCAGAACUUAGUGUUGGUAUGAAAGAUGUAAAUAUCGAGAUAGACAAAGCUUAA